AUGGCUCCUUGGUCUCUCCUCCUGUCCCUGGUUCUCCUGUCUCUCCUCAGCUCUGCCUGGACGAGUCCCAUGUGCAAUAACCAUUGCUGCCGUUUCGUGGAGGGCUUCCCUGUCCGACUCAGGAGGCUCAGAGAGGACUAUUACCACAUCAGAGACUUCUACGAGGCAAACGAUGACCUAGACACGGCGCUGCUGGAUAAGAGCGUGGAGGAGUCCUUCGAAAGCCCGUUUGCGUGCCACGCCAUGAACAGCAUCCUGGAGUUCUACCUGAGCACGGUGCUGCCCACAGCCAUGGCCGGAGUGACGGAGGAAACCAAGGACCUGAAGCCUCAUGUGGAGUCCAUUCAGCAAAGCUUCGACGAGCUCAAGGGAGAUGUCACCAAAUGUCAAAAAUACUUCUCGUGCAAGAAACAGUUUGACAUCAAAGACUUAAACUCUUCUUACACUCAGAUGGAGAGCAAAGGUCUAUAUAAGGCCAUGGGCGAGCUGGAGCAGCUGUUUAGCUACAUUGAGAAAUACCUGGCUUCACAACGGCGGCCAAACAAUGUGGCCUCCGCCUGAAGACAAGAUCAAAUGUGACAUUGUUCAGCUCAGGAAAAAAAAAGUUGCCUAUCGACUCUUGAA